GCCGCCAAAGACGAACCCGACGCGAUCAUCGCACAUCGCAAUAGCGCAGCGCAGUAGUGUAGUCGCACGGCACGAUGAUGGUUGCGUUGCGAAUUAUCACCGUUUGCGUUCUCGCGGUCAUCUGCGGUGGAGCCGACGGCGCCCCCGCGGUCACGUACGACCAACGGCAACACGGCGAAUUCAACUUGCAAGUGGACAUGGACGGCGUGGCCAUAGUGCUGUUGCCGGGCAGCGAGUUCGCACAGCGGAGCGCGAUUAUCGGCGACAAGGUGCAUCAGAUAUUCGGACGCCGCCGUAACGGAGCCGCCGAUAACACGUCGAGAUCCAAGCACAAGAAACCGGUGACUUGCAGUACGACCACGCCGGUAACCCCCGCACCAUCGGAAGUGCCUAGUUACAGUGAGCUGCCGUCGUCGUCGGUUUCCACGACGACCCAGGGCUACGACGACUUAGUGGCGUCAUUGGCGCUGUCCACCCAGCAAGGUUUGGACGACCUUAAGCCGGUGUCGGAACCGUUCAACCCGCCGGAUUUGUACAACCAGACUGAACUCGUAGCCGCGGUGCAGGCGGACGACCACGAUCCUUAUUCUGUAACGCCGAGUACACCGGAUCUGACCACUCAAAAAGUCGUUUCGUUGGAAACCGAAGAUGUCACGGCCGAUCCUGCGGCUGUAACAGCAGCAAAUGCAGUAAAAACUAUCGACGAUUUCAUAGAUAAUAUAACGUCGACGUUAAAUAAUUCAGGAAUUCCUUUAGAAGAUGCAAAAGCUAACGUUCAACCGACCAAUAGUGUUUCGAACAAUUUUGAAGAAAAUCCUAUAAGUAUAUCGUCUGAUGUGAAAACCGUCGAAAAAGCGACAAACGACGAGCCUAUUCAAACGGGAGAUACCGUAGAUAAACCUGCAAUCGAGAAAACCGCCGUAAAAUUAGUAGAUAAACCUAAAGAAGCUAAUGUUGUUAAUAUUACGGGCGUAGAACCUAAUUUUAAAGCAGAAGAAAAACAGUCUGAGAAAACUUUGGAAAACCCCACUGAUGAAAAACCAAUGGAAACUGUGGAAAAGUCUGUACAGCGGGAUGUAGCGAUCGUGAAAAUUACCGACACAGAAAGUAAAAUAAAUGAUAAUAAACCUAAUGAGUUGGUCGCUACGAAAACUCUGGAAAAACCAAUAUUCGAACCUUUAAUGACAGUAAAAAAAACCGAAGAUGAUAAAACUGCAGCAGCUGUAUCAUCGACUGAUCAGGAUUCUAGAAAAAAUCCUAUAGAGAUGAUCGCUAUGCAAACAAUAGAAAACCCGUCUAACGGAAACGCCGUAGAAUCAUCUGCUGGAAUUACAACUAGUACAAAAAUAGUAGAGAUACAGGAGGAUAAAAACGCGCCGAGAAAACCUACAGUAGAGACUAUCGUGUCGAGAACGGCUCCAACAUUAACUGAAAUGGUCGCCGUGAAGACUAUGGAGAACCCUGCAACGAUAACAACAGUAAAAAGCGUCACUUCCGUUAAAACGGUGAUAAAAACCGGAAACACCAAGACUACAUCAUCACAUUCAUCGAAUGGUUCUACAAUUAUGCGUAAGGUAGGCGAUCGCAGACCGUUGCCUUCAAUGACAUUAGAAGUCGCACCUCCAAAAGUAGUAUAAACACUCGUUUAAAAAUUUAACACAUAAUAUUUAUUUGUUAUAAUUUAUUGUUUCUGUAAAACUUAAUGUUUAACAAGUCUUUAUCUGUAUGUACAAGAAAUUAUUUAGAAACUAGAAUAUUUAUAUUAUUUUCUACAAAUAAGUUGUUUACAGAGAUAUAGAUCAAUAUUCAAUUGCAAUCAAAAAAUGUAUUCAUAUAGUAUUUAAUAUUUAUAGUAUAGUUAAAUAAAAACCAUUAUUUAGUUCUAUAAAUAAUACAAAAUAUAAAUUUGAAUAAAUUAAAAUGUAUUGAAAUGCAAUAUUAAUUUCAAUAGGUACAUACAAGUUUUGUAUUAUUUAAAAUAACUAGUGAUAAAUUAAAUUAUAAUAAUUUAAUAUUGUAAUAAUGUAAUAUUUUUUAGGACAUUAUUUAUUAUCUAAAGAUAUCUGAAAUAAUUUGUACUAAAAACAUCUAUUUAGUAUGCUUAAGUUAUUAUUAUUUUGUUUUGUUAAUUCUUAAAAAAUGACUAAUCAAUAUAAUAUUAUAAAAUGUGAUAAUUUAUUUAAUUUUAAUUGGUAAUAAGCUU